AUGUACUUGACUUUGGAUGACACAGGAGGUCAGCGUGACAAGCGCAAGAUGAACCGCCAUGUCUACGACCAUAACGUCCUUGCUAAACUCACUACACACACACCUACAAUCCCAAACACAACUCUCCCAACCCUCCAUGCACAACUCGGCCUUCCCCCCACUGCGCUACAUGACGAACUAUCAACCCUCCAACAACAGCUCACUCAAUGCAUUGAGAGCCAGAUCGACCACCGGAAAAAGCAGGUCGAUGAGUGGAUGGAGAAGUGCUCAGCAGUAGAAGGAGAGUGUAUGAGAUAUGGAAGGGCUCUGGGUGGACACAUGAAAACGUCGGGGCCGAGUGUUGGGGAGAUCAGGAAGGAGCAAGUGCUCCCUCGUCGGUUUGAGAUGGUUUCAGAGCACCAGGAAAGACUACGUCAACAAUACCACACGAAACUCGAGCAACUGUUGAAUUUGACGGGGAGAUUAACUACCCUGGCGAACACUCUUGGCCAAGAGUUCUUUGUCGAUGUCAUGGAACCAACGUACGCCCCAGGAGAAAACGAGUAUGAUACGACUUCCUAUCGAGACGUGACCCCCGAGCGGUUUUCGCGGUUGGAGAAGGAGCUUGUGAGAGGGAAGGCGAAGUUCUCUGACCCCUUCCUCAAUGCAUCCAUAUCCAUGGCCAUAUCGACGCCCACUCCUCAUACGCGAACCCGCCCGAUCACCCCACUCCUGUUCUUUUCCGACGCCACUCCCCACCCCACCGAGUUCGUUGCUCGGAUGGAAGAGUUGGCGGAGGAAGAUCUCCCGGAGUCUCAUGCCUCGCUGGGUCUUGAAGGUGUCGAACCCACGCAGGCUCUUAUGACUUGGGCGGAAUCAACACGAGCGGAUCUGGAAGACACUAAGAAACGACGUGAAGCGCAUAUACAAGCUAUGUACGACCAGCUGGAGGCGCUUUGGCGGAGACUUGGUGUGGCAGACGCAGAUAUGGACGCGUUUGUCGAGGCGCAAAGGGGAAGCACUGACGAGACGAUCAAGACGUAUGAAGAGGAGCUCGAACGCAUGUUGGAACUCAAACGCGAACGUAUGGGCACUUUCAUCGAGAACGCACGAGAGGAGAUCAUCAAGCUCUGGGACGACCUGUUGGUCGGUGAGGAAGAGCGCGCAGACUUCGCGCCGUUCGCCGAUGAUGAACACACGGAAGAGCUUCUAUGCCUCCACGAACAGGAAAUCAAGCGUCUCAAAGAGGAACGACGCCUGAAAGAAAUAUUCGACAUCUGCGAAGACGAGAAAGAGCUAGCCGCGUCUGCUAGCGACCAGAGCCGACUGCUUGGCCGGGGUCCGCGAGAUCCUGGACGUCUCCUGCGUGAAGAGAAGAUGCGCAAGCGCGUGACAAAGGAGAAGCCUCGGCUCGAACAAGACCUUCUCAUGUCCAUCCCCGCUUGGGAGGCGGAGACGGGUUGCGUUUUCCUUGUCCAUGGAGUCGGCAUCGGCAGGUCCGGAACCGUCACCCCAGCAGUUCGCCCAGCGUCGAGCAUGGCGAGCUCGCAUUCCGUGCCCAACAAGCGACCACGUCUCGCUGAUUCAACUUCGAGUGUUCCUCCUGUCCCCACUCGCGCACCACUAGGCAGUAGCCGUGGUCCCAUCGUGAACCGAUCUGCGUCUCCAACGAAGAUCCCGCACCCAGGCAAGACCACCAGCUCUUCCCUCCCUCCUCAGCAGCUGGGGUCAAGCGGGCAUUCGUACGGAGGCUAUCAUGCCGCACAGCGCGCAACGUCCUACGGAGCCUCGUCUACGUACCGUGGUCCUGGCGCUACGGCCGCCGUGGCGAAAAAAGCAUCCCGUGCACGGCGGGAGAGCUUCAAGCCGCGUCCUAGUGUCGACGAGAACUGGGCGGUAGAUGCGGACGUUGGGCGCUGGCGGGCAGGGCUCGUUGGGGUGUCCGUCAAGGAGGAAGAUGAGUACUAG